AUGGAUGGUGAGAACAGUUGCCAUGCUGGCUUGACCUUAAUACAGGAAACAAGCAGAGAACAACUGGAAGCAAUUGAUCAGCUUCAGGCAGAAAUUAAAAAACGUACUACGCAGAUGAAUACGCUUCACCAGCGAUUUGCUUUUUUGCAAAUCCAAACAUUGUUGGAUACUGGAAAAGAUGAUUUUAUUAAGAAACAAAUUCAGCUCACGUGUGCUCAGUACACAGAAUUGAAUGCUGCAUCUAUGCUCACCGAAAUAACUCGACUUCGGCACCACAUUAUCUUGUAUAAGGAGGUCAAUCCUGAUAAGCAGGUUGCAAACUGGUCAGCUUUAGAUUUGCUUCGCUGGAUGUAUAAGUGGAAGCUGCAAGAAAGUUUAACUAACUUUGUUGUCACAUUAAGAAUCUUUCUUACUAUCACUGUUUCUACAGCGAGUUGUGAAAGAAGGUUCUCAAAACUUAAACUAAUUAAAACAUAUCAGAGAUCUACAAUGAGCCAAGAAAGACUGAGUAAUCUAGCAAUACUGUCCAUUGAGAGAGACUUUAAUGUAGAUUUCAAUUCCGUUGUUGAAAAAUUUGCGCUAAUUAAAAGCAGGCGAAUUUAA